AUGCGUCUAGCAACCCUUACCCUCGGUCUAGUCACCCUCUUCACCGCAACAGUCCUGGCCCAAGAAAUCAUUGCCCCUGAAGAAUGGUUCCAGUCUAUGAAGGUCGCACAAGGUCUCGUCGCCCGUCAUAACAAGCGACAUUCAUCCCGUCAUCAUCGCGGUACCAACCGCCACCAUCAUCACAAAGACAGCAACCGUAAUAACAAGAUGGCCAUUUCAUCGGGGUCGGGGUUGCCGAGGCUGGCGAAGCGUCGAAUUGGCUACCCAUCCCGUCGCGAGAUUGAACUACGCGCCGCAGAGUUCAAUUCCUUCCGUUCUGGCGAGAUUGUUGCCGCGCCUGCGAAUUUGCAUAUCGUCAAGGGGCCUAUGGUUGGAGGUGGCAAGUCUGAUGGAGUAGCGACGAUGGGGAAGACGAGCAAGAAGGCUGUCAAGACGGCAGCUGGCAAGGCCAAGAAAGCACGCAACAAACACGAGAAGAGACAUUAUAAGGUGUCCUCAUCCUCCUCUUCCAAGAAGCAUCAUUCCGAUGGCAAAAAGACGAGCAAGAAGAAGAACGCAUCAUCUUAG